CAUCUUUUAUACAUCAAAACACCAUAAAUGAACAGCUAAACUACUAACCCUACCGGAGAGAUAGAGAGAUGAAGACAGACUACGGAAAGCAGCGGGAAGCUUCUGCUUGCGAUGAUGUUACGGAUCAAGACAAGACCGUUGUAAGCAGGAUAAUGCAACGGUUCCGUCCAAUCGCACCAAAACCACCUGUCGGCGAAUCUUCUGACGACACAAAGAGUUGCAGAUUCCUCCGAAGAAACCGAAGAUCUAAACGAAAGUAUGUUAGGGUUCGGAAUAAAAACAUUAGUAGUGGUAGCAGUAAUAAUAAUAAAGAUAUGAGAUGUAGUAAUAAGAAAGCUUGCGGCGAUGGAGAGAAGAUAAAGACGGAUCUUGAUGAAGAGAUAGGCGGUGAGGAUAAAAGCGAUAUCGUCACACUUCAGUUGCUUCCGGAUAAGGAUAAAGAUCAUCAAGCUGGUAAGGAUAAUACGGAUCCGAGUGAUAUGGAUCCAAGAACGAGUUUAAAUAUAUCAUCAUCUUUAGAUCGGACGGUGGUGGAGUCGUGGUUGACGGUAGAGUGUGUGAAUAACACAUGUACUGAACUGGGAGGGUAUCACAAGCUACAGCUAAGCCGUAUGAAUGAGGGGGAGGAGAUAGUGAUGAGGAUGCUGUAUUUUGACACGUGUCCUUGGUUAGUUUCUGAUGGAUCAAACCGGGUCUAUUGGAUCAACCGGGCGUACCGGAAUAUGUUGGGAGAUCCGAAUGCAGAGGUGACUAUCAAAGUAUGGCUGGUGGUGGCGACGGACCUUAUGGAAGAGAUGUCGUGCAUGGUGGAGUCGUACGGUGCGGUGACAUGCAGGGUUAGGGUUCGGUAUGAUACGCCGACGUGGAGGAAUGAGAAGAGUCACUCGGAGUCAGAAGUGAAGAUGACUGUGCCGUGUGAUGUAUGGAGGAUGGGAUCAUCAGGUGGGUUGGCUUGGAGAUUAGAUGUUGAAUCAGCUCUAACACUUGGAAGGUAACUGAAAACAGAACCAAUGGUAUGCAUGUAUAUAUACUAACUUAGACUUGUGACUAAA